ACAAAUGGGGGAAUUAUUCCACAAGUCAGGACAACGCUGGCUAAUCCUGUGCGCCCCGACGACCAAACGCGAGGACGGCGGAUGUGCUGCGCUAAUGUCGUCUAAUGUGACAGAGCCAUUCAUUCCAAACUUCCAGAUUACGGAUGUAUCUUGGCCAUGGAAUCCAUGGGGGGGAUUUACUAAAACUGGAGGGUGCAAAAUCAGGUGCGGCUGUGCAUGGCAGCCAAUCAGCUUCACCAAUGAUGGGGCACUAUUCCUCCAACUGACACCAAUGAUGGGGCACUAUUCCUUCCACUGACACCAAUAAUGAGGCACUUUUCCUUCCACUGACACCAAUGAUGGGGCACUAUUCCUCCCACUGACACCAAUAAUGGGGCACUAUUCCUCCUACUGACACCAAUGAUGGGGCAC